CUUGCUGACAGGACCAUGACGUUAGGAUAGAAUCUUAACCUGUAGAGCUGUCAAAACAUUUUUCCGAGAGUCCACGUCAUCGCAAUCCAGCUCAUUUUUUCAUCUUGAGCUUGCGGUACCAGCGGCCAUGUUGUGCUUCCAACGGUGCUCCCUGUAACAUUCGUCCAUCAUCAUGAACUAUCGGUCAUCCAACUCACACGUGAAGCUAUACAAAGGAACCGCAGAUACCGUAAUAGCUAUCCCUUAGACUAUGGUGGCUACUACUCAAGAACUCACGGUGGUUUUUGCCACGGCAAUGGUGGUCUUUGCCAGCAUUUUUGAAGUUUCGUCACGGAUCCUCCAAUCAUUAUUAUGGACGACCAAUAACCCAGGCGUUGCGCUGGAGAAAAAGCACAUUCCUACGCUCAUCCGCCAGGGUCCUUCCUAUAUCGUGUCAUUGGUCCAUUGCGUUGUGAAUGGAUAUCGAGGCAUCGUGGGGUUGGUGGCACUCCAUCACGCCUCUCCCGCUGUCAAGCUCGUUAGUCCACCGGCCCUGGUUGAGUACGAAAGGCAUAUUCAUCAUGUCGAAGUGUCCAACACAAUCUUCUUUGCCUAUCUAGUCUUUGACCUGUUUCAUAUGUUGAGAUUAUACCCCAAGCUUGGUGGGAUGGAUAUGGUGGUCCAUCACCUAGUCUUCCUUACGUGUUCCAUCAUUAAUGGCAGCUACGAGAUUCUCCCGUACCCCUUUUGUUGGUUGAUCGUGGGAGAGAUUUCAACCACAUUUCUGGACAUUCGAUGGGCACUGAUCAAAACGGGGCGGGGAGGCACCAACAUGUUUCAACUGGUGCAGUAUCUAUUUGCUUUGACCUUUUUCCUCACCAGAGUGGUUGUUUAUUGGUUGGGUGUGGUGGAGCUCUUCCACCAAAGAAGUGUGCUCAUGGACAUCGUUUGGAGUGGGCAUGUUCCAGGUGUUUUCAUGGGAACAACUCUAUUGUUUAUUGGUGCUGGGAGUGUUCUCAAUCUCGUCUGGUUUCAGAAGAUUGUGGCCAUGGCACUAUCCAGCAAGCAGCAGCAGCCGAAGACAGCAUAAACGUGGUGCAUAAACGUGCUGUCCGCAUGAAACUUGAAUCAUGAUGGUCUUGAAUGCGUCGCAAUGAGAUAUUAUGUUCAUAUUAGAGGGAAAGGGGGGCUCUUCCCUCCCUGGUACCAGUAUAUGUACCGGUACGAGGUGCAGGAGCAGGAUGGUCCAGACAACCGGACAGUGGAUGCAAAUGAUUGAAUCAUUCAUUCAUCAUAACUCCUGCGCCGGAAGCGGCAACCUGUUGCCAAGCCAUACUGGGAAAUUCUGAAAGAAUUUUUGACUUGUAAAUUCUUUUAGAUCAUUUAUUCAAGUUACUUCUUC